AGUUACACUUUUUAAGAGCAGAUUUAUUAGCUGCACUGAUAGCCGUUGACGGUGACAAACCCGGUCGGAGAGCUAACGUUACCGAGACAACAGGUCUGCUGUGCUCUGUUGGUUGCUACAGUCACUACUAGGAGGGAAAAAUGUCGGGGGAGCCUAUUCUCAUCACACUGGAAACGGCCACCGGGGCCCCCAGUUCAUUCCCGGUGGCUCUGAAGAAAAUAAUGGAAAUGCCUCCGCCGAAUAUACUGGACGGCGACGACGACACUGACAAAGAAAAGCUGGUCCUGGGAGAUAAUGUCGAUCUGGGUGGAGGAGGCAGUGACAUGGGGCCGUCAGCCGCCCUGACCCCCGCUAUCUGGGAUAAGACCAUCCCCUACGAUGGCGAGAACUUCCACCUGGAGUACAUGGAGCUGGAGGAGUUUCUCAUGGAGAAUGGCAUCCCAGCUGAUGAAGACCCCCUGAGGAGCAGCACAGAUGUUGAUACUAUCUUGAAUCUGAAAGCUUCCCCCUCAGCCCAGAUAAAUGGUACCAAGAGAGCAGGCGUGGCUUCGGUGGCUCUGCUGCCCAUUCAGGAGUUGGAUAAGUGCGGGGAGGAAGUGGUGAUUAUCACCAACAGCGAGUCUGAGAUUACAUGUGAUGUUACUGCAGAGGUGACCACUAAUGAGGAUGGAGAGACGCCCGAGCCCAUCGACCCCGACGAUAUUGAGGUUGACAUCAACUACGAGCCAGAUCCCACCGACCUGGUGCUGUCAAGUGUGCCGGGGGGCGAACUGUUUAACCCACGUAAACACAAGUUCAGUGAAGAGGAGCUGAAGCCACAACCUAUGAUCAAAAAGGCCAAGAAGGUGUUUGUGCCUGAAGAACAGAAGGAUGAUAAAUACUGGCAGCGGAGGAAGAAGAACAACGUCGCCGCCAAACGCUCGCGAGACGCCCGCAGGUUAAAGGAGAACCAGAUCACCGUCCGGGCGGCGUUCCUGGAGCGGGAGAACACGGCGCUGAGGACGGAGGUGGCAGACCUGCGGAAGGAUUGCAACCGCUUCAAGAACAUCGCCGCCCGCUACGCAGACAAAUUCGGACCGCUUGCGAUGCCGGAAGACGAAUAGACCACACUUGAUUUAUUCAUUUGUUUUCUGUAAUGAAUAAAUAAAUCAAAGCCGUUGAAGGGGGUCGGCACGUGACAAAAAAACAAACAAUACAGUCUAUCAUAUGAUGAUGAGGAUGAUGAUGAAUGAUGAAGAGGAGGAAGAGGAGGUGUGAGAGCAUGAGAUGUAAUACCACCGAUAUCAGAUUUUUUUUUUAUUGAAUUUUAUUAAACAUCCAUGUGUGUGUGUGUGUGAGCAGGGUGUGUGAGGAUAUUCAAGUGCUUCUUAAGGACUCUUCUUUCACAAGACGUCCCUUUAUCAUGUUUUGUAUGCCUUUGGCCGAAAGAGAUCAUUUUUGAUGUUUUAUUAAGGACAAACUGUUUUUAUUUUAUUCUUU